ACAUGGUCUUAAAUUCGCUUACAGUGCAGUAAUAUAUUAAUCAGUAUUAUAGUUAUGUCAAAAUCUACACAGAUGUAUCAAAGAAUACAGCCAACCAAAGUGGGAUAGCCUUUAUAGUUCCUGAAUUUAAUAUCAAGGUGGGGAAAAGGAUCAGUGACGAUUUGUCAGUGUACACGGGUGAAAUGGUUUCCAUAUUGUUAGCAGUCCAGUGGAUUGAGGAAACGAAACCACUGAGAUCUGUGGUAUGUUCAGACUCGAGCUCAUCACUGGCCAGCCUGCAGGACAGUUACUCAGACUGCAGACCUGACAUUCUGAUAGAGAUCCAGCAAACAUUGUUCAGAAUUGUUAUGAUGGGGCUUGUGGUCACAUUCUUAUGGGUACCAGCGCAUCAUGGAGUUAAAGGAAAUGAAAUGGCAGCUAGGACAGCAAAAGUCGCAACAAGAAGACCGAUGGUAGAUAAGGUUAUUAGUGUGAGUAGGACGGAGCUCAAGGGCAGAAUACGACACAAAAUGAAGGAAAGGUGGCAAAAGCAAUGGGAGGAGAAGAGGAAAGGGCGAUGGUUGUACAACAUCCAAAGGAAAGUGGGGGACAUGAGAAGUACUGGACGAAACAGGAGAGAGGAGACGAUUAUAUCUCGACUGAGAUUUGGACACACUGGCUUAAAUAGCACAUUAUUUUUAAUAGGUAAACACUGUACAGGGGAGUGUGACUGCAGUAGAGAACAGGAAACAAUAGAACAUGUUUUAUUGCAUUGUCAGAAGUAUGAUAUGGAAAGGAGACAACUGAUCAAAAAGCUGGACGAUAUGAAAGUGGAGUUGGACUUGUUUGAUUUAUUUCGCAUGAGCUCUAUAAGUGAAAGCUAUCAGGCUGUAUUUUGGUUUUUAAGGCAGACCCAUUUGUUCGGGAGAAUGUGAAUAUUUUAUUUUAUUUUAUUUUAUUUUUUGUCAUUUCGGUCCACACUCCACACCAGUUGGUGGCGGUAAUGCACCAUUUUGCUGUUUGCCAACCACUAAUAGACCUAUACAGAAGAAGAAGAUGAAGAAGAAGAAGAAGAAGAAGCAAUACAACCGGAAAUCGUAAACAAACACGAAGUUUUUGUUUUGGCACAAUUUACGCCCUACAGCUGUAUAAAUCCGUUUAACUUGUAGUCUACUAACUUUUUCUAUAUUGGGAUUGUUUGUCGGGAGUUCCAAAAUCAUCCACAGUCAUUUUGACUUCAGCCUGAUAGCUAAGGCGGAGGAUAGCUUCUGUAGCCAUAAGCGCUAACGUUAAGAGACCUGUCGGACAAUGAAUCUUUUAAAGAUGUUGUCAGCAUCAGAGUGUUUGUUGUUGUGUCUCGACGUUCUGAUACUAUCUGCAUCAGCUGAAGGUGAACCCGGUUCACGAAUCAAAGUGGUUGUACUAGAACGAAGUGACGCCAUCCUGCCUUGCUCACUCAGCACCAAGGAGAACAUUGUACAAAAGCUGUUUAACUGGAGGAAAGUUGAUCCAAAUAAACAGGAGGUGUUCAGGUACGAUGGAGGCCUUCAUUACUAUAAUGGCCUUCCAGGUCAAGACGAGCACUUCAGUGGACGGGUCUCACAUUUUCCACUAGAGCUGCAGUUUGGUAACGCCUCCAUCAUGAUCAAAAACACCGUGGUGAAUGACAGUGGAGUCUACACCUGUGAUUUUCCACGUCUGCAGCAAAAACAAACAUUCAGCAUUGAACUUGUUGUUGAGCCUGUAAUGAGAGACAGAUCUGGAAAAAUUCCUGGUGCAGCUCCGAAGCCACUUGUUCAGAUCCUGAAAACCACCAAGGACCAGGCGCGGCUGAAGUGUGAGGUCAGAGGUGCUUUUCCAAAGCCUAAAGUAGAGUGGAGGGACAGCAAUGGAAACAUCCUUCCUGCUGAGGAGCAGGUGUCACAGACAGGAGAGCGCUAUGACAUCACCCUCUUCACCACGGUGACCAGGACAAACAGCAACAUCUUCCUCUGUGUAGCCACACAGGAGGAGAUCAGUCAUGUGACUAAGCAUGAGCUCUACGUCGCUUUCUGUGGCACAUGUGGACAAGUUAUCACUGGAUGGCUGGCUGGAUGUUUAAUCGGAAUGCUAAGUUUUGCUUUAAAUCUGGCUGCGCUUGUGGCCACAGGGACUAUCUCAAUACGCUGUAACAGAGGCUGCCCUGGGAGUGCAAACAAAUCCUCAGAAGAUCCACCAGCACCAGAUUCUGAGACAGGCCCAGAAGAAUUACAAGUUCUAAGGAACGGUUCAGUGGUUUGUUCCCCAGCUACUUCACACUGUUCAUGGGCAAACUACUGAAACACAUAAAAGUUAUCUGUGUGUGUGUGUGUGUGUGUGUAAUUUAAAAAAGAGUGGAUUAGCUUGUUACGUUGAUUAAAGUGAAACCCCUAAAAACAAUCUGAUGAAGCUGUCUCAGAUCAAAUGUCCAGCACAGUUCACCCUCUGAAGUCUAACCUGUUGCUGGCAUCAGAAUUUUUUUUUUUAAAUAUCUGUAAUCCUUGAAGGAUUGUGUUAUGCUAUGCUUUUGGAGAACUGCAAAGGGAAACUAAUAAUGUUGAUACCUUUAAGACUAAGGCUACGUUCACACUGCAGGUGAAAGUGCAUCAAAUCGGAUUUUUUUGCCCCUAUGCGACCUGUAUAUGACACAAGACAGACGCCAAUUAUCAGCGCCGGAGAAGACAUCGCGAACGCUUCCUGGCCAUUCCGUGUAGAUUUUAGUGAAACUGUUGGGAAGACAA